AUGGGACAAUCACAGUCGUCAAAAUUUGACAAAUUAUUUACAUUAAUAUGUACUGAUAAUACUGAAGAAUUAAGUCGUCAAUUACGUUCAUGUUCAUCGCCUGAACGAACAACAUGUCUAUCAAAUUUAUCUGAUGCUGAUAAAGCCGCAACAUUAUUAAUGUAUGCUGCUAUUUAUGGUAAUAUGGCUAUAUGUCGUUUACUUCUUGAGUCAGGUGCACAAUUAUUUAGUCGAGAUAAUGAAGGACGUAAUGUGCUUUUUUAUGCUAUUGCUGGUCAAGCAUAUAAUGUGGCGAAAUAUUUAAUAGAAACUGCAUUAGCAGAAUAUGAUACUGAAAUUCGAAGAAAUUUUAUUAAUAAUACAGAUAAUAGUGGUGAAACAUGUUUGCAUGAAGCCGUUAAAGUUCACGCAGUAUCCUGUAUUGAAUUUCUAGUAAAACAUGAUAUUGAUAUAAAUAUUGUUAAUAAAGAUGGCGUUACUGCUCUUCAUCGUGCUGUUGAUCUCGGACAUCCAGAUAUUGUUCGUCUAUUACUGAAACAUAAAGCUGAAUUAAAUACUAAAGAUGUAUCCGGUUGGACUCCUCUUCAUGUUGCAUCUGCUCAUAAUGAUGUUGAACUUGUACGUUUACUUGUAAAAAGUGGUGCUCGUAUAAAUGCAACGGAUAAUCAAGGUCAUUCUCCACUUAAAUGGGCACGUGAAACAGGUUCACGUGAUGUAUUUUCAUUUCUUAAAAGUCAAGGCGGAAAAGAAUUUGAUUCAGUCUCAUCAUCAACAACAGCAAAUCAACGUUCAAGUAAAAAACGUAAUAGUUUACAACAAAAACAAUCAUCUUCAUCAUCAAAGGCUAACUCUGAUUCGGAAAAUCCUAAGACACCAAUUUAA